AUGGCCCUCCACUCAUUGACGGGGACGGGAUCCAUUCCCGCUCAUGCACAGUCCUCCUUACCUUCGCUUCCUUCGCAUCUUCAAUCGGACACACAUCUCACGGCUCAUCUGGCCAGCAGAUUUCAUGUGUCUCUACCAACAGCCCGGUUAUCCUCUCAAGGAUUGAUAUGCCUGAACACCUACACAUCUUCCACCCAGGGCCCCGAUGGACAAAGGGAAGGAAGCGCAAUGGGGGAAGCAGACGACCUGGCUAGGCGUGCUUGGGCUCGUUUGGGAGGAAGAGGAGAAAACCAGGCCAUCAUUUUCCUGGGUGAAACUGGCUCCGGGAAGACAACCGUUCGCUCCCAUCUUCUUUCUUCUUUCCUUGCACUAUCAUCCACCCCUCUUUCAGCUAAGCUCUCCCUUGCGGCCUUCGUUUUCGACACUUUGACAACCACCAAAUCGGUUACUACCCCGACUGCGUCAAAAGCAGGUUUGUUUUUCGAGCUUCAGUAUGAUGGCUCGUCAACUGUCAAUCCAACUUUGAUUGGCGGCAAACUUUUAGAUCACCGGCUGGAAAGAAGCCGUAUUGCAUCCGUUCCUACAGGUGAACGAAGUUUCCAUGUACUAUAUUACCUCCUUGCGGGAACCAGCCCGGCUGAGAAGACCCAUCUGGGUUUGGACAGUGCAAUCGACAUCCGCACUGGUGGAGGCUCUGGCAACCGUUCGUCCGGUACAGUCUCACAUAAGAGGUGGCGGUAUCUUGGCCAUCCGACACAACUGAAAGUUGGGAUUAAUGAUACGGAGGGCUUCCAGCAAUUCAAAAACGCUCUACGCAAAUUGGAGUUCCCCCGGAGUGAAAUCGCCGAGAUCUGCCAGAUUCUUGCGUGUAUCUUGCAUAUCGGACAGCUGGAAUUUACUACUGGUCAAUCAACUACAACAGGCCCGGAGGAGAGCGGCGGAUAUUCGCAUGAAGGUGGUGAAACUGUUACGAUUGUCAAAAACAAGGAUGUUUUGGCAAUUAUUGCUGCAUUCCUCGGAUUGAGCGUGGAUGAUCUCGAGGCUAGCCUUGGGUACAAAACGAAAACUAUUCAUCGGGAACGUGUGACUGUCAUGCUCGACCCUAAAGGAGCGCGGAAUAAUGCUGAUGAGCUCGCCCGGACCCUUUACUCUCUGCUGGUUGCAUAUGUAAUCGAAAACAUCAACCAGCGUGUAUGUGCUGCUGAGGACGCGGUAGCCAACACGAUUUCUAUUAUUGACUUCCCCGGCUUUUCCCAAGCGUCCUCAACAGGCUCAGCAUUGGACCAGCUCCUGAACAAUGCUGCUACCGAGUCGCUUUAUAAUUACUGUUUGCGAAGCUUUUUUGAAUACAGGGCAGACAUGCUCGAAAUCGACGAAGUUAGCGUCCCUCCAACUAGCUACUUCGAUAACUCGGAUGCUGUCAAAGGCCUGCUCAAGCAAGGUAAUGGGCUUUUAGCUAUCCUAGACGACCAGACGAGGCGCGGACGAUCUGAUAUGCAGUUACUCGAAAGCUUGAGAAAACGAUUUGCGGACAAAAAUCCGGCUAUAUCUGUCGGGAGCGCCACAGCUACGCUUCCCGGCAGCAACUUCGCUUCAAAAAAUCAGGCCGCUAAUUUUACAGUUAGACAUUUCGCAGGGGAAGUCGAUUAUCCUGUCCAGGGGUUGGUUGAGGAAAACGGCGACUUGGUUUCUGGCGACUUAAUGAACCUUAUCACUUCCUCCAGGAGCGCUUUUGUGCGAGAUCUCUUCGGCCAAGAAGCACUCCAAACAAUCCGCCACCCUAAGGAAAAGUCGGCUAUUGUGCAAGCCCAGGUUAGCUCGAAGCCUCUUAGAAUGCCCAGUAUGGCAAGACGCAAAAUGGAUAGACCUGUCCGACCUACUGCUCGUGCAGCUCAGGCGGAUAAUGAUGAUGUCGAUAUUGCGGGCAGCACGAGUUCCGCGUCUGGAUCCAAAAAGCGUAAGCAGGGAGCUCUUGCAAGUGGUCCUAGCCAGGGUGCUGCUGCUCAAUUCCUUGUAUCAUUGGACAACAUAAAUAAGUCCCUGGCUGCAGGCAGUGUGAAUCCCUACUUCGUGUUCUGCCUGAAACCCAACGAUCGUCGAAUCGCGAAUCAAUUCGAUAGUAAAUGCGUGCGAGCACAAGUACAAACCUUUGGGAUUGCCGAGAUCAGUCAGCGGCUUCGAAAUGCAGAUUUUACCGUGUUUCUUCCCUUCAGUGAAUUCCUUGGCCUGUCAGAUGGAGAAUCGAUCAUAGUUGGCAGCGAGCAAGAAAAGUGCCAAUUGGUGGUUGACGAAAGAAGAUGGCCAAAAAACGAAGCACGAGUUGGAAGUACUGGAGUCUUUCUAAGCGAAAGAUGCUGGGCGGAGGUUGCGAGGGUUGGUGAACGAGUUGUCCCCAGCUAUAGCGCAGGUGGCACCGAUGACGGCAGAGAUGGGCUACUAGGGGUUGGCACCAAAGGCCCAUACGGAGACUCGAAGGUUCGGCUUCUAAAUUCGCCCGACAUAUCUCCGUCGCCUGGCGCAUAUAUAUACGGAGAUGAUACCAAGCAGGGAUUCUUUGGGGGUCAGGAGAUAGACGGCCGUUCUGACGCGGGUGCAUCGGCCUUCAAUUCUGGUGACAUGUUCAAAAAUUUGGAGACGCGCGAGCAGAUGGCCGAGAAAGGCAAUGAGAAGAAAAUGGAAGAAGUUGAUGACGUUGUGAUUUCUGGUAGCCGUAAACGGUGGUUGGCUCUCGUUUAUAUGCUCACCUUCUACAUUCCUGAUUUUGCUAUCAAGUUCUUCGGACGAAUGAAGCGCAAGGACGUGCGAAUUGCCUGGCGAGAGAAGUUCGCGAUUAACCUCCUCAUUUGGCUUAGUUGUGCUUUGGCUGUCUUCUUCAUCAUCGGCUUCCCCCAGUUAAUUUGCCCGAAACAAAAUGUCUUUUCGCCCGAUGAACUCUCCUCCCACGACGGAAAAAAUACCGAUGCUUAUAUAGCCAUUCGGGGAGAGGUAUUCGAUCUGGGCGCUUACAUACCUUCACACUAUCCGAAAAUCGUUCCUCGAAGUGCGUUGGAAAAGUAUGCCGGCCUCGAUGCUACGAAACUGUUCCCCGUGCAAGUUAGCGCUCUUUGUGAUGGCGUUGAUGGCAGCGUCGACCCAUCUGUCCCCUUGGACUUCAGGUCUGUCAAUAGAACGGGCUCUGUCAGAGUUUCGCGAGACGAUGAUCCAAACGCUAAAUACCACGACUUCAGAGCCUUCACCGAAGAUUCUAGGCCGGAUUGGUAUUGGAAUCAAAUGAGGAUGUUGAGAGCAAACUACAGGAAGGGAUACGUUGGUUUCUCUCCGCAGUAUCUGAAGACACUUGUGGAUCAGGAUCAGUCAAUCGCCGUCCUAGAUGGCUAUGUGUAUGACUUGUCAAACUAUGUCAUAGGCGGCCGUAGCCCACGCGCACCUCCUGGUCAAGAUCCCCCGAAAGAUGUCAAUGUCAAUUUUAUGGAUCCCCUCGUUGUGGAUUUAUUUCAACAAAGACCUGGGCAGGAUAUCUCGGAAUUAUUUAGGCGUCUUCCUCUUGGAAAUCGAGAACGCGCCAUGAGAACCUGCUUAACCAAUUUGUUUCAAGUUGGGAAGUUGGAUACUAGAAAUUCUGUCCAGUGUCAAUUUGCGCAGUACUUCAUUCUCGCGAUAUCACUGCUCUUAGUCACCAUCAUCGCCUUCAAAUUCUUCGCCGCGUUGCAAUUUGGAAAGAAAACUCUACCGGAAAAUCUCGAUAAAUUCAUUAUCUGUCAAGUGCCAGCGUAUACUGAAGAUGAAGAGUCUCUGCGUCGAGCCAUCGACUCAAUGGCUCGGAUGAAAUAUGAUGACAAACGCAAACUACUUGUUGUCAUUUGCGAUGGCAUGAUUAUCGGUCAAGGAAAUGAUCGGCCGACGCCCCGGAUCGUCCUAGACAUUCUGGGCGUUCCGGAGACUGUGGACCCUGAACCGCUAAGCUUCGAAAGUUUGGGAGAAGGAAUGAAACAGCACAACAUGGGCAAAGUUUACUCCGGGUUAUAUGAGGUUCAAGGCCAUAUCGUACCGUUCUUGGUUGUCGUUAAAGUUGGCAAGCCUUCGGAAGUAUCUCGCCCCGGAAAUCGUGGCAAGAGAGAUUCGCAAUUGCUCCUAAUGCGUUUCUUAAACCGUGUCCAUUACAACCAUCCCAUGAGCCCCCUCGAGCUUGAAAUACAUCACCAAAUUCGCAACAUCAUUGGUGUCAACCCCACGUUCUACGAGUUCAUAUUCCAAGUUGACGCAGAUACCAUGGUCGCUCCAGACGCGGCCACUCGAAUGGUUGCUUCAUUCAUGCAGGAUACGCGCAUCAUCGGGCUUUGUGGAGAAACAGGACUCAACAAUGCCAAAUCCUCCAUAAUAACCAUGAUCCAGGUUUAUGAAUACUAUAUCUCUCAUAAUUUGACAAAAGCCUUCGAGAGUCUAUUCGGGUCAGUGACGUGUUUGCCUGGCUGCUUUACAAUGUAUCGUAUUCGAGCUGCCGACACAGGAAAACCUCUUUUCGUUAGUCGAGAAGUGGUAGAUGCCUACUCUGAGAUCCGCGUUGACACCCUUCACAUGAAGAAUCUCCUCCAUUUGGGUGAGGAUCGUUAUCUUACCACGCUUCUUCUGAAGCACCACCCGAAAUACAAGACCAAGUUCCUCUUCAAUGCUCAUGCCUGGACUAUCGCACCCGAUAGCUGGGCUGUGUUCAUGUCCCAGCGCCGGAGAUGGAUUAACUCAACUGUUCACAAUCUUAUUGAACUCAUUCCUCUACAACAACUUUGUGGAUUCUGCUGUUUCAGCAUGAGGUUCGUCGUUUUUGUCGAUCUUUUGAGUACGAUUAUCCAGCCCGUGACAGUUGCAUAUGUCAUUUAUCUCAUCGUCCUUAUUGCCAUCAACCCAACACUCAUCCCGAUUACGGCAUUUAUCUUGCUUGGUGCUAUCUACGGUCUACAGGCUAUUAUAUUCAUCCUCCGGCGCAAAUGGGAAAUGGUUGGCUGGAUGAUCAUUUAUAUCCUCGCCAUGCCUGUUUUCUCCCUUGGUCUUCCGCUUUAUUCUUUCUGGCAUAUGGAUGACUUCACCUGGGGUAACACCCGUAUCGUCACGGGAGAGAAAGGCCGUAAAGUUGUGAUUUCAGACGAGGGCAAGUUUGACCCUUCAUCCAUACCUAAGAAAAAGUGGGAAGAGUACCAAUCCGAGCUUUGGGAAGCGCAAACCCAUCAAGACGAUCGUUCAGAGGUUUCUGGAUUCUCAUAUGGCACUCGAUCCUACCACCCACCUGCGUCUGAAUAUGGGUUUGCCCCCUCCCGACCUCUUUCUCAAAUGGAACUUAAUCGCCUCGCCGGGUCUCGCAUGUCCGUCGCUCCUUCGGAGAUGUUGGGCCGCGGCCCUGAGAUGGAGAUGGUGGACCUCGCGGGACUUCCGAGUGACGAUUCGCUGCUUGCGGAAAUCCGCGAUAUCCUUCGUACCGCGGAUUUGAUGACUGUUACGAAGAAGAGUGUCAAGUUGGAACUUGAACACAGGUUCAAUGUCAAUCUCGACGCCAAACGGCAGUAUAUCAACUCUGCCACCGAAGCCGUCCUUUCUGGGAACCUUUAA